AUGUACCUGCCCUUGACCAUCCACUCCCUCUCUUUGAAGGUCUCCAGCGACUGUGGCGCCUCUACCAUCGCAGCACCGCCCUCUGGGGCCAUGCAGGGAGGAAGAGAAAAGUUCAAGACGGUGCCGGUGCCCCUCUACCUGGAAGAGGACAUCUGUCCUGAAAUGAAGGAUGACAUCCACGACCCCAGCUACCAGGACGAGGAGGGGCCCCCGCCCAAGCUGGAGUACGUCUGGAGAAACAUCAUCCUUAUGGCCGUGCUGCACGUGGGAGCCCUGUACGGGAUCACCCUGCUUCCCUCCUGCAAGGUCUACACCUGGCUCUUGGGAUUGUUCUAUGAUAUAGUUGCUGGUUUGGGCAUCACAGCCGGGGCUCAUCGCCUGUGGAGCCACCGAAGUUAUAAAGCGCGGCUGCCGCUGCGGCUCUUCCUCAUCAUCGCCAACACCAUGGCUUUCCAGAAUGAUGUGUAUGAAUGGGCCCGAGACCACCGUGCCCAUCACAAGUUCACAGAGACGCACGCCGACCCACAUGAUUCCCGGCGGGGCUUUUUCUUCUCUCAUGUGGGUUGGCUGCUGGUGCGCAAACACCCGGCUGUCAAAGAGAAGGGCGGGAAGCUGGACAUGUCUGACCUAAAAGCCGAGAAGCUGGUGAUGUUCCAGAGGAGGUACUACAAGGUAGCUGUCACGCUCAUCGGCCUCAUCCUGCCCACACUGAUACCCUGGUACUUCUGGGCCGAAACUUGGCAGCACAGCUUGUGCGUCACCACGUUCCUGCGGUACGCCCUGUUUCUCAACGCCACCUGGCUGGUGAACAGCGCCGCCCACCUCUACGGCUGUCGGCCCUAUGACAGGACCAUUGCUGCCCGGGAGAACCCCCUGGUUUCGAUGGCAGCUUUUGGCGAGGGCUUCCACAACUACCAUCACACCUUUCCCUAUGACUACUCUGUAAGUGAGUACCGCUGGCACAUCAACUUCACCACGUUCUUCAUCGACUGCAUGGCUGCCCUCGGCCUGGCUUACGACCGGAAGAAAGUAUCUAAGGCCGCUGUCCUAGCCAGGAUUAAAAGGACUGGAGAUGGGAGCCACAAGAGUGACUGAGUUUGGGGUCAUCUGGGUCUCUGUUCCAUAAACGAACUGGGCCAACUUUCAGUGGUCUGUUAACCACUGA